AUGGCGACCGCCGAUUCAACUCUGCAGGAUCCUCUCCUUGCACUCCGCCGAGCCAUUGCUGCCGGGACUCUGCCAACACCAUCCACCUCCGGCGAACUCUCUGACCAAUAUGCGACAGAGGAUCUAGCUGAAGCCACCCACCUCUACUUCUCGCAACCGUCUCCUCAAGCUCUCCCUUUGAAUGCGCCUACGCGGUUUGUCUCAGCAGUAUCAAAUGCGGCUGUCGAUCUACGCAGCAUCUUCUUUGCCUGGCAAAAGAAGGAUGUCGCGAUCCCCGAGUACAUUGCCUCCGCGCAAGAGAUCAGCGAAGCUCUGAAGCAGAAGGGAAAAGAGGAAACAGUACAAAAUUUGGUUUUCGUCGAGCGUCUGGAGCUUAUUACCUACCUGGAAGGCGCUGCUGAUGACAGUGAAUACAUCAAGCCUCUCGAAGGAGCCGCCGCCGCCGCCGCCGCCGCUGCCGCUGCUGGCGCAGCUCAAGCACAAGCGGCAGCUGGAAUUGCAUCUGGUGCAACAGGUGUUCCGUCGGCGCCAGCCGGCUCGGCUCAGACGGGCACGCAGGGUGGUCGUCCACAGAAGCCUAUUGACCCUCGUCUACAAGAGAUCUACAAUGGAGAACGGAAGACAGGUGACCGCAACAGCGUGCUCCGGGGUAUCAAACAAACAGACUUCUCCCAUGUUCGCAAGAGCGCCGAGGUCUUCCUCGACCGCAAGAACUCUCGACCAGGCCAGCCCAGCGCUAAACCGACCAAGCCUGUCAUUCCAGCGCCAUCAGCCGGUCUCUCGGUGACCUCGUCUCGGAAGUCCAACGCUCGCCCCGACCCUAUCAUCCUGCUCUCCCCCUCCGCCUCUUCCCUCAUCCGCAUGUCAAAUAUCAAAUCAUUUCUCCAAGAUGGCGUUUUUGUGCCACCUGACCACCCAACCCUCAGCACCUCAACGGAUGCCAACUUCAUGGAGCUCAGGCGUCCAAUUCGCAUCAAAUCCGACCCCAGCAAUCCCAAUGCCAGCACUCUCGGCUCUCGUAACGCCCGUGGCGUUAAGCCUACCAAGUUCAUUCUCGUCGACGGCACCACGAACUUCAAGCCUGAGUACUGGUCCCGACUUGUGGCUGUUUUCACAACCGGUCAGACCUGGCAAUUCAAGUCGUACAAAUGGUCAUCGCCUCCAGAGCUCUUCAAACAUGCCACGGGUAUCUAUGUUGGAUGGCGCGGCGAAGAGAUCCCUGCGAACGUAAAGGGAUGGGGACGAGGCGUGGAGAGCUUCGGGAUCGAGCGCUGGGAUGAGAAGAGUGGAGUCAAUGGCGGUGGACGCUGGAGAGAUCGAGAGGUUGUGGAGGGUAUCUGGUCAGCGAUCGAAGAGGGCAUGAGGCUGCGCGGAUGGGGGUCGAAGUAG